AACCUUGCUUAGUUUACGGAAGAGAGAGUUUCAGUGCAACCAAUAACAAGGAUUAUUGUGUCUUCGAGCGUCACCUGGCUGCCUAAUGUCGGUUCUCCCGCAAGAAGAACUGAUCAAGAAGUGGGAGAGAGAGCAGGAUGCCUUGAAGCAGCAGCUGGUGGAGGGCGACACGGAGGAGUGGCAACAGACAAGUGGCUUUGCAGGGCUGGAGAGAGUGGGGGGUGUGGAUUUGUCCUUCAUCAAGGGAGAUGAGGUCAAUGCCUGUGCUCAGCUGGUAGUUCUCAGCUACCCUCAGCUGGAGCUCUUGUAUGAAGACAGCCAGAUGGUGACCCUCACUACCCCUUAUAUUGCUGGGUUCCUGGCCUUCCGGGAGACGCCGUUCCUGCUUGAGGCUUUGCAGCGACUGAAGACGAAACAGCCAAGCCUGAUGCCUCAGGUUGUCUUUGUGGAUGGAAAUGGAUUGUUUCACUACAGAGAGUUUGGUGUGGCCUGCCACCUUGGGGUUCUCUCUGGCUUGCCCUGUGUAGGUGUAGCUAAGAACUUGCUACAGAUGCAAGGGGUACUAAGGAGUGAGGAGCAUCUGUCCCAGAUCAGAGCCCUGAAGAAGGGUGGAGACUCCUUCCCUCUGACUGUUGCCUGUGGUAGAGUCCUGGGAAAGGCCCUGCGCAGCUCGGAUAAAAGCAUCAAACCUAUUUAUGUCUCUGUGGGUCACCGCAUCAGCCUUGACACUGCUGUGCAGCUCACCCAUGCCUGCUGCAGGUACAGAGUGCCAGAGCCCAUUCGACAGGCUGAUAUGCGCUCCCGAGAAUACCUGCGGAAACACUACCAGUGCCUGGACACCCAGAAGUAGAGACAAUAGCUGAGCUGGAUGGGGGUUUCUGCAGGAAUGGGAGACCCAGCUCUUCCAACGCAAGGGUGACAUAGAGGCUUCGCUUCCAGGACAAUCUGAUCUGCUGUGUCAGUCAGCUGUUUGCGUGUGUGUGUGUCCAUGCAUAUGUGCGACAAAAUUGACAUGGAUUCUAUCAAGGUUGGACAAUAUGUGUAUGUGCUUUUAUUUUUAUAAAAUUAAUUUUUAUAUUUGGGAUUUGGACAUGUUUUCUACAACUUUAUUAAAAAGCAAAUCCAAAACGAA